UCGUGUGCGUUGCAUUUUCGUUGCGGCGUUAUUGGGCUUUGAAACGAGUGGCUUCUAGUAACGAAAACAUACGCGAACAAGUUGGUCGUGUGUGCGGGUGUGCUAUUCAGCUAGUCGUCAUCAUCGUUACACUGCAGUCGGUAGUUUAAGUGACUUCACCGAGUGGAUUCCAUCGUGGAAGGCGAACUUGUCCCAAGUGACUACUUGCAAUUGGAAAGGAUUUCCACCGACGCACAAAGAGGCACUCGUCGGGUCCAACAAGUAGCCCGGUAUUUGCGCUAAAACCACUACCACUAGCCAGCCGCGCGGUUUUUUUUUUAGUAGUGGCGGAGAUUGCGGAGCGGAAGCCUUUAGCUCCAUCUACCCGCGCGCUAAACAGAAAGAAUAACACAAAACAGAUCCUCACGGAACCGUCUCACCAUGGGAUUGGGCGGCAGAAUGGACUGCUGCGGGCAGUGUGUCAAGUAUAGCAUGUUUAUCUCCAAUUUUGUUAUUUUCUUUGGUGGUGCCAUCGUGUUCGGACUCGGCGUGUGGACCGUGGUAGAUAAGAACUUUAUCAACGAGCUGCUCGGAACGAACCUGUUCUCCGGUGCGGUUUACGUGCUGAUUGCGACCUCGGCACUGGUUUGCCUGUUGUCCUUCUUCGGAUGCAUCGGCGCGGCCAAGGAGUACAAGUGCAUGCUGCUGACGUACUUCAUUUUGAUUUUCCUGAUUUUCGUCACGAUGCUCAUCGGCGGCAUCCUGGGGUACGUGUUCCGCGAGAAGGUGUCCCAAACCAUGGACCAGGAGAUGCGCUCAUCGAUGACAUUCUACGGUGCCUAUGGCAAGCGCUCCAUAACCCAGGCGUGGGACAUGACCCAGGAGCGGCUCAAGUGCUGUGGCGUCAAGCACUACAACGAUUGGCGCGGUUCAAUCCCUCAGUCUUGCUGCCAAAAGACUUUCACGGAUUACAAACCCUGCCAGGACCACCCGACGCCGGAGAACAUCUACAUCCAGGGCUGUCUCGAUAUUACGUCCAACCUGAUACGGGACAAUGCGGCGUUCAUCGGUGCGUCCGGAAUCAUCGUCGCCAUUCUGCUGAUAUUCGGAAUGAUCUUCUCGUGCUCGCUGUUCCGGAUGAUCGAGUAGCGUGGCUUCCUGCUUUAUUUGAUCACAACUUGUUCUUUUACCACUUGAUCGCCUAUCAUUGCUCUGAUGAUUACCUGAGAGCAAAACAAAAGUACAAUGUUAAGGCACACGCGCUUAAGUUUUCUACGAGCCUUCGCAAUCGAAGAUCUUUGAUUCACUUGAUACGGAAUCUCAACACUGUGUAAAUAGGAAAAUGCUGAGCAUGCAUUUAAAAACUAAAAACGCUACAAAAUGAGAAAGCAGUCAUCUUCUGUGUAAGUGUGUGUGCUCAUGUGCUUUCAUCGCACACACCAAUUCUUAAUAUUUAACUUAAUAUACUUAUCUAGAGUAAGUCGAUAAGGAUCUGAAAAAAAAUACAACAAUGUGCCGAAAGUAAAUCAAUCGAACCCGAUGAUAUUCAUUCCAUCCAUCAGUCAAGCUUUUAUGCAUCUAUAUCUGAACUUCUGUGUCAUUGUAAAACUUAAUUUUAAAUGAAUAAAGAUUUAAGUAAUUUUUA